AUGACGGAUCGCUUACGUACAUCCCUUUCCUCUUACUUUGCCAAACACAUUGAACGUGGGGAUUGGCAGAGUUGUCUGCGAGCUCUUUACGGCUCUGUAGACACCGGCACACCAUUACACAGUCUUCCACACCAGACACUCUUCCCAUUUCUCAUUUCUAAUGGACAGUGGGAAUCUGUAUUACGUCUCAGCAGUCAAUUAAUGGCCGUUGAGGAGGCGAGGAUGGUUUCCACUCAUACACACAGCAAUCAACAGACACACAAACACAAUAAUAAUAAUAAUAAUAAUAAUAAUAAUAAUAAUACUACCAAUAGUGAUAGCGGUCAUCACAAUAAGAGUAUGAAUAGUAAAAAGAAAACAUUAGUGUCAAGAGAAGAAGAAGAAGAAAAUAAAAAUAAAGAAAAAGAAAAAGAAGAAAAAAGUAUAUUAUAUAAUACACUUCUUCAAGCCACGAUGGCAGCAGAGUCUAUUAAAAGUAUGGGUGGUUGGCAGGCGGCUGUUGGUAUUAUUCAACGAGCAGCACAUCAUCAGGUGAAAUUGGAAUCUUCCACUAUGAAAGCACUAUUACCUAUUCUAGAUAAAUGGCAUCUUGAGGCUUCUCACAGUAAAGAGAAUGAUAAGGGUAAAAGAGAGAAUAUUCAACAGUGUAUGAAUGCCUUGUUAAUAACAAGAAAUAUUCUCACAGCAGACUUACAGGGAAGAGAAGAAGAAUCUUUUUCUUUUUGUUCUUUUUCUUCUUCUUCCCAUUCUUCUACUCUUUCUUCUUCUUCUUCUUCCUUGAUAUCCUCUUCCAUACCUGUUCAUCGUGUAUCUGUGAGCUUACAUCUAGAGUUGAUUCAUGCCAUCUAUAAUCUUCUUCAAUCCCCUUUAAUAGAGGAUGAAACUACACAAAUGCAGUGGAGGAAAUUACGAGAGCAAUUAGAUAAAAGUUUUUCACUUUCAUGGGAAAGUGUUGUUUAUACACUUCUUCGUAUAUGUGCUCCUCAUCCUAUACUUUCUGGAAUACCACAGGUAUUACGAGAUGUAUAUGAAUCUGAACAAGAAAAUAGUGAAGCUAUAAUGAGAGAAAUUGAGAGAACUGUUGAUAUGAUCUCUUUACGGCCCGAUAUCGCAGAACGUGUACUUUCCUGGUCUCUACAGUGUAUGUUUAAUAGUAAUAUUAUUCCUCUUCCACCCACGCAUGGGCAAAAAAGAAGGAAUGAUAAUACUAUUAAAUCUUAUAGUGAUGAGAAUGAUAGUAGUAGUAGUAGUAGUAGUAGUCGUGUUUAUAUGGAAAAGAGUGAUGAAUAUAAAAUAGAUGAAGCGGCUGAAUCUCUUUUAUGGUGGAGGAGAGAAUUAAAAAAGAAACACACACUUCCAUCAACUUCAUCAAUAUCAAUAUUAACAAGAGAACUGUCAAAGUGGGAAGCUGUGAUGGCACUCACAAUUGCAGAGAUGGAACAACGUGAGCGGCGAUGGGAAAUGAUGGGAGAUGAUUAUAAAUGGAAAUCAAAGUUGUAUGAAAAGGAACAACCAGUGGAUGAGAUAUUUUCUUUCAAUCAACUCUGUAUUGCGGCACAAUUAGUUUUCUUAAAAGGACAAACCGUACAGGAACUCCGUCAGGUGAAUUACUUAAAUGAGAUGGAAUGUACAUAUUUGGAACUUGUCGUGCGGAAAUUAUUCCUUCAUGGCUCUACAGUUAUGAUGAGAAAUAUGAAAGGAGAUGAUAGUGUUGUUUUUAUUAGUUUUUUAGCAGGAACAAUUCAAUCUCUAAUGACUGUAUACAUUCAUGCUUGUAAGGCAUGGGAUAAACAGUAUAGAGAAAAAGGAAAGGAAACUCCAAUAAGGGCUGUAAACAAACGACAGUUAUCUAAACAGUUAAAUGACAGUAAUAAUAAUAAUAAUAAUAAUAAUAAUAAUAAUGGUAUUCUUGAUAUGAUUGAAAUGUCUUCUUCUGCGUUAAGUACGGGUCGUGCGAAAUUCUGGAAUAAUAUUUUAUUUCCAGAGACUUCUAUUUUAUUUCGUAUUCUUCGAAAAGAAGAGGAACAUCAUAUACUGUUAAGAAUAUGGCAGAUCUUACUAUGGCGGAUCUUUCAUAAUACUCCCAUAUUAACAAUGUGGUUUACCCAUGAUCCUACUAAUAUUAAUACUAUUAAUAUUAAUACUGGGGAUUCUAGUCAAGUGGAGAAUAUGAGAGAUAAUUCAACUAUGGAUGAAAUGAAUUCACAUGGGGAUCAUCAUCAUCAUCAUCAUCAUCAUCGUUAUCGUCAUUCUAAACACCGUUCAAACUCUCAAACAGAAUCCUUCCAAUUACAAAAAGAGGCAUUACAACAAUUACAAAUACUUGUAUACUUUCUUGGCCGGAAGUUUCCUGUUUCUAAUAAUAAUGAUAAUGAUCAUCAUUAUCAUCAUAUAAUAUCUAUUAUACAUCAAGAAGGAAAAAAACCCAAACAAGAUUUACCCGUAUCUCUUAUGAUACCUAGUGUAUGGACACAAAUGGAAGAUUGUUCAGUCGUGCUUCCCGCUUUGUCUAAACUCAUAGUACGUCAGAGAGAUGUAAACACUAUUGGUCAUUUACUGUUAUUAUUAUGUGUAAAGGAGGAUAUCUCUGUUGCCGAGAUAACAAAUAUUUGGCGUUUGUAUAUAAAUUCCAUUUCCCGUUCACAUGGAUUACUAUUACUAAAGGAAAUGAUGCGUCUUGCUAAUACUACUAGUAAUACUAGUAAUAGUAAAACUUCUAAUGAUAAUGAUAGUAAUACUCAUAAUAGUGAGAUGUUAAGAGAGGAAAAGUGGGAAAGGUGCCGCAUUGCACUUACCGCCUUAUUUCACGAAUGUACAAAUCUACCAAUUACAGAAAAGACAGAAUGUACAGAUGUGUUAUUUAAAUCCAUCAAGUCUCCUACAAAGUCUUGGCAUGUGGCACUUGAACUCUUUGCGGAAACAGGACGUGUGAUAUGUGAAGAACAUCAUACUAUUAGUAGUAGUAAUAAUAAUAAUAGACAUUAUCAUAAUAAUAACAAUAAUAAUAAGAAGAAGAAGAGAGAUUCUUCACUUUUGUAUAUAUUCCAUGCAUUAGUGAAGGAGGCCACACCACCACGAUGGCAAGAGGCACUGCAGUUGGUAGAACUCUAUCAAGAACUCACACCUACAUGCAAACCAAACAUCAUCCCAACUUCUACUCAAACUAACAGUAUGAAUACUACUAAUACUAAUAAUACUAAUAUAGUUAGUGGUAUAGUUCCUCACAGUGAUGUUAUUCAUCAUAGUAUGAAGACCAAAACACCACUGAGUGAAAGUGAACGUAUUGACUUAUAUGAAGCUCUCGCCCCACUGCAGCAGCGACAACAUUGGAUCUCUGCGAUGGAACUCUUUUAUUUAUAUACACAACGACAAUUAACGGCAUCGGAUGCUGCCUGUUUUGCCUUUGCAGUGGCCCGUGGACCAUUACAAUUUGCCCGUUGUGUUCUCUCGGCUUUAAAAAGAGGCGAAACCAGUCGGGCACUCAGUCAGGCCGCACUGACCGCAUGUGCACAUCACGUCAAUCGCACAGAGAGACAACGACACCGGAGGAAAUCAUUAUCAUUAUCAUUAUUAGAAAAGAAUGAAAAGAAGGAUAAAGAUAAGGAUGAGGAAAAUAGUGUAGAUAUGAAAGAAAUGCAAGAGCGAGUAUUUGUACUGCAUGAAGCCCGUGAAGUGGCUCGAUUGGCACUUUCACUGUGGCCAACACCUAUUAAAGAUCCCGCAGACUUUUCGUUUAUUUGGCAAAAGAUUAAACGCACAUGUGCGGGUGAUGAGAAAUCAGCAAAGUUAUUAUUAGCAUGCAGUUCUCUUUACACAAGUGAACAGGCCACGGCAGAGGCAGAGGCAUUUCUACACACCGUACGUUUAUGCCACUCUGCACAAGAUACCACUACUAUUAUGAAUGCCUAUCAGACAUUUCGAAGUAAAUAUAUAGGGAUGAUAUUACCAGAAACAAUAAUGUUGCAACUAUUGGAAUUAUGUGUACGUGGGGUUGCAGAAGAGAGUGAAGGAGAACAGGAGAAUAAUAAUAAUAAUAAUAAUAAUAAUAAUAAUAAUAAUAAUAAUAAUAAUAAUAAUAAUAAUAAUAAUAUGAGAAUACUCUCUAUGGUUUUGCAGGAUACACUAUGGAUGCAUGAGGCUGCCUAUCAUUAUGAGAAGGAAAUGAAAGGUAUAAAGAAGAGGGAAAUAGAUGGCAUAUCAUUAGAUAAAUGGAAAGGAUCAACAAGAACAUCUAUGGCAUCAACAGUAGAUAAUGGUGAAUUUCUACUGCGUGUUUGUACAGUAUUAUUUCAACUCUAUCCUAUAGAAGAGAAAAGAAGAAAAGAAAAUGAAGAAACAACAACAACAAAAACAACGCAGAGAAUAAUGCCCGUCUCUACAAAUGGAAUUCCAAGACUAUGUACACAUGUAGAGAUGAACUGCACACAACAGAAACAAGAAGAGAUGAUAUCUCUGUUAAAUAUAUUGGUGCAGUAUAUCACGAAUAGUGAUGUUCGAUUACUUCAAAAUCUUUCAGUUUUUAUAGGCGUUCUUCGUGCUUUACCACUAAAGGAGAAAAGAAAUACUAUUAAUACUGUUACUACUACUACGAUCACCUCUUUAAAGGGAAAAGAAGACUCUCAUACAUCAUCCUUAUUAUCAUUAUCAUCACAACAACAUCCUAUUGAAUUACUUUCAUAUCGUGUACAUCAGUUAGAAUCCAAACUUGGUUUUGUUGUCCCUGCGGAAUGUGUGUUUUGGCUUGAUGUACUUAACAGUGUAGUUAAGGGAGGCGUAGUAGUAGUCUCUUCUGCGGGAAAACAUAUAGGGGAUUCUUUUCAUAUGAAUUCUAAUCCUAAUGGAUCUUUGGAUACAGAUAAUAAUAAUAAUAAUAAUAAUAAUAAUAAUAAUAAUAAUAAUAAUAAUAAGACUACUACUAGUAUGGAUAUGAAUAGGAAUACAAAUAUAUCAGGUUGGGAUCCUGCGGCUUUUGUGAUUUCAAAUGACCAGACAAGUCGUAAUGAAGUGUGUACAUACUUAGAUGGUAUAGUAACUCAUGCUGUUAAUACAGUAUGUCAGCGAACUGGAAAAGCAUCCUCCUCUUUAUCGUAUGAUGAUGAUGAUAGGAAUGUUACUGUUACUAUGGAUGGGAAUAAUCAUGAUAAUGAUAAUGUUAAUAGUAUGAAUAGUGAUAAUACUAUGAUUUCAUUACGUCGUCAUCUUAUACCUUCUAUAAUGGAGGCGUAUGUGUUUUUACUGCAAUCACAAUGGUCCAUCUAUCCUUCUCUUACGGCAAUUCUUGUAGCUACCUCAUCUGCCCUUCACUAUGUAAAUGAAGUACCGGAUUGGAUAUAUGAGAAUAGUGAUAAUGAUAGGAUUACCAACAUUUCAUUAGAUAUACUUCAAUCUCUAUACUCUCUUCUCUCCGCCUUUUAUAUACGAUAUACAGUAGCAGAACUUGCCGCUAUCAGUACGAAAACAAUAGGGGAAACCUCAUCGCAUCGUCUCUCUGCUGCAGUGGAUGGGGUAUUAACACGUACCGUAUAUGAGGCGAGAGCCCACACCUCGCAAUUUAUUUCCAUCUUAACAAGAAUAAUUCAAUCACGUGUAAGUGCCGCAGAGAAGAGACGGUGUAUUCUCCAGUGUGUGGAAUUACGAUGUAUGUUAAAUCUAUUGGCUUGUGCGAUGGGAACGUGUUGGACGUGGCCGCAGACAACACUGCGGACGGAAUCUUUACAAGCCGUACAACGAUCAUGUGAGUCCUUACAACGAUGUGUGCAAACAGGCCGCAGUGUAUUGUGUUCGUAUGAUCUUUUAUUGUUAUUAUAUAUAAUGAAUGCUGUCAUUUCCCAUAGUUGUAUAAGAGGAGAACAACAACAACAACAACAACAACAGUCAUCUGUAGUUGUGGGGAUGAAAAUGAAAAUGAUGAUGGAGUCUAUUCUGCAGAAGAUACAGUCAGAGAUGCGAAGAAGAGGAGAAAAAAUGGGAAUCACUAUAACGGAUGGAAAUGAAGGAAUUCAUACUCAUACGAAUAGUGAUAAUAUUAAUAUUAAUAAUAAUAUUAAUAAUAUUAAUAUUAAUCAUAAUAAUGAUGAGUCCCUCUCAAGUGUAGUGUUGGUGUUUACACUUCUACACAUUACAAAGUGUAGUCCUGUGCCGGAUAUGCAGUUACUACGAACUGUUCUCUCUCAACUCUCUCUACACGAUAAUAAACUCCAACACAAUCUUAAUAAUAAUAAUAAUAAUAAUAAUGAGAUAACACUUAUCUCUGGACUCAUUGCAUUCCAAUCCGCACAGUUCGGUUCUGCUAUUUCUGCCCAACGAGUCUUUGGAGUUUCUCUGCAAUCCAUCACACAUUUCAUUGAAAACAUUACUACGUUCUCAUCUCUCUUAAUAACAAGCACUAAUACACGUGAUGUUCUCUCACUGCGAUCGGAAGAACAAUUAGUGGAAGUUGCCGUACGCACAUUUCUCGCAGCUCGUCAAUGGAGUGAAGUGUGUGAAGAUGAGAAGGAUGUGAUGGCAUUGAUGGAUGCUGUUGGGAUGAUGUGUCCACAUCGAUGGGAUUUAAUUUACCGCAUCGCCGUAGACUCUCCACUCCCACCAAUGUGUAUAUCGUUAACGGUAAGAAAAGGGAAAUUAUCUGAUAAUAAUAAUAAUAAUAAUAAUAAUAAUAAUAAUGAUAAUAUGAUGUCUUUACGAAGGCGAUUGGUGUUUGCCCUUCAGUGUUGUGGACCAUGGCCACGUGGAAUGGCACUUACAUUAAUAUUAUUAUCGGUGUUGGAUCCAACAAGAGAGAAGAAGAAUAAUAUGAUGAUGAUAUCUGAAUCAUUAACUACUACUACUACUACUACUACUACUACUACUACUACUACUACUACUACUAAUAGUAAUAGUAAUAGUAAUAGUACUACUGCAGUAGAGAAUGAAGAUAUGUUAGUGGAAGGUGGUAAAUUGUUGGAAAUUAUCUGUGAUCUGGAUUUACGGCAACAGUACUAUACUACUACUAAUACUAAUAAUAGUAGUAGUAAUAGUAAUAAUAGUAGUAUAGAAAUAACACAAUCUAUAUUAUCUUCACAGCUUAUAUAUUAUAAUCUCUGGCGGCGACACAGACAACUCUUUACAGCGGCUUCUAUGGUGUUGGGAAAUGUAUUCAUGCGAUUAAAACAACAGAGAUCAUCAUCAUUAUCAUUAUUAUUAUCUUCACAAGGAGAAGGAAAAGAAGAAGAAGAAGAAAAGAAGAAGAACACACAAGUGGAGAGUAUGUGUACACCGCAAGAUGUAUUAAAUAUACUUUUUACGUGUACGGCAUCUAUACAACUUGUGGUAUUGGCAGAAGUAACCGCUUUAUUAUUAUUAUUAUAUACAAUGAAUGCCAAUAAAUAUCAACAACAACAGAAAAAUAAGAAAAAUAAAAAGAAUGCACAAGGUGUAAAGAUGUUGAAAUGUGUUUCUGCUUGGUUGUCUUCAUCUAUACAGCCAUGGAAUACACUUUGUAUGGAGGCCAAAUAUCUUAUACUUCGUGAUCGUAUCUUAUUUACACUUCCUCUAUCAACAACAACAGCAGCAAUAAUAAUAGAAACAAGAGGAAAAGAAGAAAAAGAAGAAGAGGAAAAAGUAUUAAAAGAGAUACAGUUAAUUACAUUAGCACGAACAUUAGUGGGAUCUUCUCGCGCUAUCGCUCCUUCUAUAAAAAACUUUCAAAAUCUCACUAAUACUACUAAUACUACUGUUAAUAAUAAUGUUAAUACUAUUAAUACUACUUUUCCUCUGAGUUACCCGCAGGCUCUCUUUACAACGGCAUGGGUGGCAGAGUUGUGUAAGAAGCAAUUCUCUCCACAGACACAAUUUACACCGGCGUGUUUAUCCCGCACACUUCGUAUUGUUGCCAGUGAAAAUAAAGAAGAAAAGGAAAAAGAAAAAGAUUAUACCGUUCAAAGUAUACCAUUGGAAGAAACAAUAUUACUUUCCACCGGGUCUGGAUUUACUAGUCUUCAGUAUGUAUAUGCAUUAGAGACUGCAAUCUAUUCUUAUGUAGAGAAUAAACAGAAAAAGGAAUCUAUUCUAUUACCAUUAUUAAUUAAACUUGCCUGUAGUUCUUCUAUACAAGAAAUGGUAGAGGUUUUAGAGAAAUAUAUUCAAUCACUGUCUUUUACACCUUUAUCAUUAGAAAUAUUAUUAGCUGUAUGGAAUACGGUUCUUAUUAGACGUGUGGAAUUGGCUUUUAAUCAUUUACCAGAGAAACGAAAAGGUCGUUCUCAUCUAUUUAAUGAUAAUAAGAGUACUGUUACUACUAUUGGUAAAGAUGAGAUUCUAUUGGAAGAUGAUAUAACUCUCACCCAUCGUCUAGCUGCUCUCUUUAUUGCAUUGGGAUCCAUUACAGUAAAUGAAACUAACAAUUAUAAUAAUAAUAAUAAUAAUAAUAAUAAUAAUAAUAAUAAUAAUGAGAAGAAGAAGAAGAAGAUAUUAACAGAAGAACAACAGAAACAAUUUAUCAUUGAGGUAUUCGCUCAUAGUGUUACUGCGGAUAUUGUAUGGAAUGAUAAAGCCAAAGAAAGAUUAGAUGUGUCUCUCUUUCGAACUUGUUGUGAUUCUAUUCUAUCGAGUAUACAUUCACUCACACAAGAAUAUCCCUUUUUCUUAUCAGAGAAAAGAAUAACAAAAUCUUUUGAUGUUUAUAUCUCUUCUGCUGUGGAAUUGAUAAAGCGAAAUAUAAUGGAGACCUCAUCUUGGCUUUCGCUCUGGCCACCACUCCCAUUGGAAAUGCAGCGAUGCCGUUAUUAUAUCAAUUGUAUGAAAGAAGAAAAAGAAAAAGAAGAAUUACGUGAAGUUGUGCAUGAGUGUCGUGUUCGUCAUCCUUUGGCUGUAAUCUGGUUACUGCGAGAAACUGCUCUACUCACUUCGCAGGGUAUUAAUAUUAAUAAUAAUAAUAAUAGUACACCAGUACGUCCAUUGAUGGAUCUUUUUAAUACACUUCGUCAAUAUAUAUUAACAGGUGAGGCACACUUUAGACGCUUUAAGAGAGAAAAGAAUAUAUCUAGAGAAGAAAGUACAAUAAAGACAUCAUCUCUUCUUUCUUCUUCUUCGUCUUCUACGGCACCUUCUCUCUCUUGUGUGUUAUUGCCGUUUAUUCGUGGGGCUGGGGCAGGAUUAGUGGUGGAUAAAUUUAUUUCUCUGGUAUUACAGUACUGGCAGUCCUCCUCUUCACAUGGACAUAAUAAUAAUAUUAAUAAUAAUAAGAAUAAUAAUAAUAAUAAUAAUAAUAAUAAUAAUAAUAAUAAGAAUAUUCUUGUAAAGGACCGGGAUGUUAUUCGACACCUCACAGAUGCCAUCAUCCCACGUACCUCACAUGAUGAAUCCUCCCUAUCAAUAUCAACAAUAUCAUUAUCCACAAAAAGAAAAACAAUAGAAGGAACAGAGAAAGAAUUAAACAACUCAUUUCUUAAUGGCUACACAGCCGUAAGCAGUGAGGGAUUACAAUCACUUCUUCGUCUCGUGGUAUUACGGGAUGGUUUAGAUAAACGGCGUACAGCCACAGUUAAACAUGUUGUGAAUAUUUUACAUUUUGAACAACAACGAGAGGCGGCACGUGUACAUAUUGCCCAGACGAUAAAACUUCCACGCACACAAAUUCAUUUCACUCAACCACGUUGUAGUUGGGAUGUGAAGAUAUUAUUACUUUUCUUUCUUCGUUCCUUUGCGGCGGCGUUAAUGUUUGUAAAUCCACUUGGUUGGCAUGCAGAGCGGAUGUGUACAUUAGAUGUGGCCUACACAGCUUUAUUGGAUUUUCUUUUUCUUUUUUAUACUUCAUAUGGAGGAGAAGUGAAUCUCUUUUCACGGCCGGUGGAGAAGGAAUUGGAAUCUCUCUUUGGAUUGGGGGCCGUACGGGUUAUUCAAGCAGCAACAAGAACAGAUAAUAAUAAUAAUAAUAAUAAUAAUAAUAAUAAUAAUAAUAAUAUUAAUAAUAAUAAUAAAGAUAGUGAGGUGUUAACAGUUCAACAGCUUUUACAAUUCUUUAGUGGAGAUUGGCAAAAGGAGCGUCAUCCAAGGAAGAAGGCAGCGGAUGAGUUAUUGUUAAAUCAGAAACUACAACAACUCCUCGAAUUACAGAGAGCUUAUAAUAUUAAUAAUAGUAAUAAUAAUAAUAAUAAUAAUAAUAAUAAUAAUAAUAAUAAUAAUCAAAAUACAGCGGAGGUGUUGUUUCUAAAGGAAGAGGAGACCACAUCUCUAUCUACGAUGGAAUCCCCAUCACCAUCAUCAUCACAACUGCCACCAUUCACACAACUUUCAUCUCUCACACAAACAGCAUUAUGGACAACUGCGACUGUACCAUCUCAUUUAAUUAUGUAUGAGAUAUUAGACACGGCAAACACUAGAGAGAUAAACACUAUACGAGCAGGAUUGCAGUUCUUUCUCACGAUUGCUCCCUACACUAUUGUAUCUACUCUCAUGUUAGAGAAAGUACUACUUCUCUUAUGUACAUUUAUACGGAAUUCACAAAAUAAAAAAUUAUCUUUGAUGGAUGUAAAGUUAAGUGAAACUAUUUUAGAUAUUAUCUUACGUCGAUAUCAAUAUAUCUCACUUAAUACUCCAGAGGCGGUGGCACUUCUCUGUGAAUUGUAUGCUGAGAUGAUCCCUACCAGUAGUGCCGUAAAGAGAAAUCCUAAUAAUAAUAAUGAUAUGGUUAAUGUAAAUAAUAGUAAUGAUAAUCAUUAUCAUUAUAAGAAUAAGAAGAUGAAGGAAAAAGAUGGACAAUCACGUAGAGAUUCGGAAUUACAGAACGAACAACAACAACAACGAGAAGAAUGGUUAUUAUGGCGUUGUGUGAUGGAGUCUAACAAUAUCGCCGUAGCGCCUCUUCAAACCGCAUUAAUUAAUUUAAAUGUAAAUACUCUGCGUAAAGUCCAACACGGUUGUCUUUUGUUUCUCGCAGAGAGCCACACACAACCUCACUAUGAUUUACCAUUCAUGCGGCUUGGUAAACUCAUAGAUUCAUUAUUGUUUAACCCUACAGAUUUCUCUAAUGGGGAAUAUAAACAGAAUAAUAAUAAUAAUGAUAAUAAUAAUAAUAAGGAAGAAGAAGAGAAUAAAGAGAAUCAUCAGGGAUUUUUAGAACAGGUAUUGGCAUUAAUAGAAACGAACCCAAUAAUCAUGAGAAAAAACACAAAUGCGGGUGUUGUUUAUAUUCCCUGGCGUCGUGUAUUAAACUUAUUACUACCAUCUAAUAUUCCCAAUCAUUUAUUAUGGAAUCAAACAAAUAAACAACCGGAUAUUAUGCGUUUUCGUCUCUUUACGGCUUUACUCUCACAUAUGCUUUCCACGAUGUCUGGUGAGAAGCGAAGAGAUGCAUUGCGUCAGGUAUGGGAACAGGCACUCUCUGCUAUUAUCCCAUUUAUAUCCUCUGAUCAUAAUAAUAAUAAUACUAAUAAUAAUAAUAAUAAUAAUAAUAAUAAUAAUAAUAAUAAUAAUAAUAAUAAUAAUAAUAAUAAUAAUAUGAGUGCUGUGAAGAUGGAUAGAUUAUAUCAUGCCGCCUUAUCAUUAUUGCGUGUAUUGUAUAUUGUUCAACCUCCACAAGAAUGGGAGUCUGUUCUGCAACUCACACAAUUUAUUACUCUGCAUACAUUAACACCUGAAGAAAUAACUAAUAAUACUAAUAAUACUAAUAAUAUUAUUAAUACUAAUAAUAUGAAAAGAGGAACAGGAGCUGAAUUAUUUCAUACACUUCGAUAUCUUGUAGAGUCCUGUGAAAUUAAUGCUAUUCCUAUUGAAACCCUAUUGAAAUAUUUACAAUUCAUUACACAACAUCAAACCACUAUUAUUAUUAUGGAAAGUGAAAUGACAAUCUUAACUUCCGCAGCAUUAAACCGGGCGAAAAUCAUUAUGGAGUUUAUUCAACAAUUACAAUAUCAUCCUUAUAUUCGUCAUUCAGACGCUCUGCAAAUAAUGAAAUCGUUAACCACGAUAGAGAAAACACUAAUUAAACAAUGUUUGCCAAGUAAUAGUAGUAAUAAUAGUAAUAACAGUAAUAGUAGUCACUGUGAAGAUGAAAUACAUUCUUUACUUGAACAGGCAAAGACGGAUUUAGUUUCUGCUGUAAUAGAGAAAUUAUACCGAAGACAAUCAUAUGAACAACUUCUUCGCUUUGCAGAGGCCGUUCAACAACAAGAAAGAGAAGAAAGAAAAGAACAGUCAUUCCGUAUACGUGGUCGAGAUACUCUUAUGUGGAUAAAUCACGCUGCCUCUAUUGUAGUAGCUCCAACUCAGACCGGUGGAUUAUCAGAAGUAUUAUUAUUAUUAAAUGGAACUCGUAUGGAUAAGACUUUAGAUGAUAUCUUACGUGAACAGUCCGCUGCGGUGAAGGAACGACAAGUACGUCGACUUUGUGAAUUACUUCAAACCGGUAAAUGUCGAGAUGCGGCUUUGUUAACACGACGAUCAUUAUUAUCAUUAUCAUCAUCAUCAUCAUCAUCAUCAUCAGUGUUAUUAUUACAAACAACAGAGUUUCAUCAAGUAUGUGAAGAGUUAAUAUCAUCUUUACAAUACGGUAUUGUAGUCUCCUUCUAUGAUGAACUACUUCAUCCAGAAAGAGAGAUGGAGAAAGAGGAAAGUACACUUAAUGAGACUCAUAUAUCUAAAAGGGAAUAUAAGGAUGUUGAGAAGAGCAAUCAGGAUAGAAAUAAGAAUAAUACUAAUAUUAACACAAUGAUGGAUAUUGCGAGUGAUGAAAUGAUAACAGCGUUAUUAGAAGAAGAUGUCCAUCGCAUAGAGGAUGUCUCUAUUCUGGAGAAUGUCAACAUAGAGACAUUACAACAGGCAAUGAAAGCCUUUGAAUGGACAUUAAAUACCUCAAAAAAUACAACAAUGGAGAUCCAUGGAGUUAAAAAGAAUAAUAAUAACAAUAAUAAUAAUAGUAUUAAUAGUAAUCAUCAUCAUCAUCAUCAUAUGAGUAUGAGUACAUAUCGUACGGGAUUAUGGAUUACAGCGACAUUAAUUCGACGUGGAUCUUCACUUUUACUGAAAUCGUAUGAUUUAUUCACAUCUACAUUACGGUGGAUUAAGCGGGAUUUGGCUGGUCCUAAUGCUAUGAAGAAUAAAGAAAUACUACAAAUCCUUGCAGAUGCGAUAAGAGACUCACUUCACACUGACAACACAGAUAAGAAUAAGAAUAAGAAUGAAGUGCUCAUAUUACUUCAAACUCAUCAUGAGGUCGCAGAAUUACUUUUGGAAAUUUUAUCCACUGUGUUUCCUGAUAUGACAACACAGAUAUGUGAGUUAUUACUAUUACCUUCACCUUUAAAUAAUAGUAUAUCCCUAAAAGAAGAUGAAGAUAAGAAAUGGAAAACCUUUUUAAGGUGUACAGCUGUGUAUAAUAAAACCCUACAAGAGUCUAUUCAAUACUGUUCUUCCAUUAUCACAAAUAGUCAUUCCAAAGAACGUGCUUUUGAGACUAUUGUCCAUUGGCGUGAUCAAAUCUUAUUUAGCAAAGCAUCUACUACUACUACUACUACUACUACUACUAAUAAUAAUAAUAAUAAUAAUAAUAAUAAUAAUAAUAAUAAUAAUAAUAAUGAUAAUACGGUUAGUAAUGAUUCUAUUUCAUCAUGGGUCUCAGCAUUGGCGGUGUACACAACGGCUUGUUCAUAUGUGGGCCAUACGGCCAUUACCGGAGCGCAUGCCAGUCGUCUUGUGCAGAUAGUAACAGCGAGUGAAGAUCUCUCUGCAGUGAUUGCCGCAGCCCGUCGUGUUUCUCUCUUCUCAUUAUCUCCUUCUUAUUCCUAUUCUCCGUAUUCUUCUUCUUCUGUUGGUUCUUAUUAUUAUCAUUAUCGUUAUCAUCGUUAUCCUGCUGCUGUUGCUGUUCUGCCGUUGUGGUUAACAGCCAGCGGCGGUUGGGGCCCAUCACUCAUUAAAGCUAUGCGAGGAAUGAAACAACGGGCCAUUCGACUUCUCACAACUAACACUAAUACUAACUCUACUACUAGUAUUACUAUCAUCUCAGCAUUAUCCACAAGUGAAGAGAGAAGUAUACAAAGAGGAGGAGAAGGAGAAAAGAAGAUAAAGAUAAUGAAGGAAUUGUUAUCUCUGUUAUCGGAUUUACAUGCAUUAAAUCGUUUUGUAGCCGAUCUGUUAUCCCAACAACAACGACUAUUAUCAUCAUCUCAACAAUAUCAACAAGAACAAGAAGAACAAGAAGAAAAACAAGAAAAAGAACAGGAUAGUGGUGUAUUGGAUGGACGAGUAGAACUUGCUUGUUGUAUGCUUAGUGCUCUCACAGUGGCACCCUCACCAGAGACGAACGCAAUCCCAACAACACUUGAAGAUUGGCGAUUACUCACACAAUCUAUUAUUGCAGCUAUUCCAUUCAAACAACGUAAUGCUGCUGUAUUGAAUGCCUUAAUGGAAAGUACACAAGAUUCAUUUGAACUUCUUCUUCUUUUACAACAGGAACCUUCCAUCGCAUCUGGAACGGGAUAUCGUGAGGCAUGUAAAGGACUUUGGCGGGAAACUCUAAAUAUCAUAACUGGAGAUGAAAAUCUUUCACCACAUCUCUUUGCUAAUAGUAAUAGGAGUAGUUUUACCCAUACUAAUAAUACUAAUACUAAUAAUACUAAUACUGGUAAUAGUAUUAAUGGAAUUACACAACCUACACCACAGACAAUGUCCAUGAUGCAUCUUGAGAUUCUAUUAAACUGUGCAACUCUUGUGGGUUCAAAAAGUGCAACUGCCGUGAUGCAGUCUAUCUGUCGACGUGCUUUGAUUGUUUGUAAUAAUAAUAAUAAUAAUAAUAAUAAUAAUAAUAGUGUUGAUCCUACAACGAUGUCUCUGUUACUUUCCACUGAAGCCAAGGCAGUUAUCACGAUUGCGUGUAUUCACCGUGCGGGUCCCACGUGGCGUUCUCUCUACACUAUUAUCACCGGCGAUGCCCCGUCGGUGUUACUGCGGCCAUCGACACUUUCACCUGCAGUGGAAUUUCAACAACAGACGUGUUGUUUAACGGCAAUGGCGGCAGUAUCGAAUUGGGCACAGGCACUGCGAAUAGCGCAGACGGCACGGCAAUCAGGGAUUCGACUGCAAUACAAACACUAUUCCCAAUUACUUGAGCGACUGGAGGAAUACAUUGGAAAGGAUGAGAAUAGUAAUAGUGAUAAUAAUAAUAAUAAUAAUAAUAAUAAUAAUAGUGAUAAUACUACUGCAGUGGGAGAUGCGGUGUUGGGAUUACACUUUGCGAGAUUGCAGGAUGGAAGUAUACCGAAUGCACACGCAGUGGAACAAUCACUUCGCAUUCUUUCACAUGUCUCGUCCUCUCCACUGCCGGUGUUGGAGUAUGCACAGGCAUUAACAUUGAUUUCUCCCGUACACAACGCACAUCCAAUACAUUCCAGUAAUAACUUAUCAUCAUUAUCAUUAUCAUAUGUAGAUAAAGUGGAACAAACAUCUUUUUCACUUUCUGUAGUGAUGAUACGUCUUAUUACGGAAGCGGCAGUUCAACUCCCAGAUGCGGUGCGUGAAGGUCGAUUAACAAGAGAAGAAGGAGAAGAGGGACUGGGAAUGUUUUCUUCUUUUAUAAAAUGGGUAAGUGAAUUUAAACGAAUCCCUUGUAUUGAUAAAGAUAUUAUGGAACCCAUGGUUCGUUUACUCUGUACAUUACCAGAGUAUUUAUUUCAACAAAAAGAAGAAAAAAAGGAAGAAUUUUAUUCCCUUUUAACGACAGGUGAUGUACGGGUAUUAUUACUUCAUACACUUCUCACUUAUCAUGAGAUGGACAUCUCAUCUGAAGAGACAUAUGGUUCUAAUAAACUCCUAUUGCAAUUAGAUACCUAUCGUUUCCAUAUUAAUAAUAAUAAUAAUAAUAAUAAUGAGACGAAUACAGAAAAGAAAAGUAUAUUUCCCACGAUGGCAUCAUUCCUAACUCUACGCAGUCAUGCAGAAGUGGCUUUACGACUGGUGCAGCGACAAGCAUUUCUCCAUCAUGUGAUUCAACUCUCUCAUUCAUUACUCUGUCGUUUAUUUGCAGCCGCAUCCUGUGGAAAAGAUCUCUCAUCUAUUUCACUACGACCCAUGGGCCGCCUUGUACAAAAUACAGAACUUAUUUCUCCAACUUUACGAUAUAUACUCACACUUACUGUAGCGGAACAGGCGGUAUUGUGGAAGUUGAUAAAUAAGAAGAAGAAGGAGGAGGAGGAGGAGGAGAAUAUAUCUUCUAUACCUAUUGGAAACCAUCUCCAUAAGUCUUAUAUCUCUGUAAAAGAAAAUAUCCCAUUAUCUAUAUUGAUAAGACAUGUGGAAGAGGCCUAUUAUCUUGUACGGCAUUACUUUACACCUCCUGAGGCAUUAUCACUGCGGGCGUUGUUUUUACCAACGAGAGAGAAUAAUACAAAUAAGAGUAAAGAGAAUAGUAGUAUUGAUGAUGAUAAUGAUGUGAUUUGUAAUAAUAAUAAUAAUAAUAAUAAGGCUCUUGAGAUGGAUAUGGAUACAGAUGAAUAUGGUUUGAACGGGUUACAGAGACAAGAAGAAGAAGAAGAUCAACAACUGUUGGAUGCCGUUGAUAAUAAUAAUGAGGAGAUAUCAACAAUAUCAUGGAAAGAGGCAUUAGAACUAUUCCGUGUAUUGUUGCGUAAUGCCCAAACACAUGCAGAUCUUUCAUAUCCAUUUGCUGUUUUGAUAGUAUUAUUGUGCCGCCAACACCGCUGUAGUGAGGCAUGUAAUCUUCUUCAAUUAGCCGCUGAGUCCUCAUUGAAGAAUAAUAAUAAUAAUAAUAUUAAUAGUAAUAAUAUUAAUAAUAAUAUUGAGGAAGAGGAAAAGAAUGAAGAAGAUGUGUUUUCACGUUUACUGUCAAAACAUGUGAUGGUGGAUGUAUUUCUUAUGAAACGACUUUUUAAUAUAGUGGAAGAAAUGCAGAAACAACAAGAACAACAACAAUAUCAACAUCAACAGUAUCUUUCUGGGAAAAAAGAUAAUAAUAUGUACAGUAAAGGAAAUACUGAGCGGAUACCUCUUAUGUUUUGGCGGGUGGCUUUACAUUUACUGCAGAAACAACAGGAAGAACUCUUUCAUCCUCUUCUUCUUCUUAAGAAUGAAACGGGUAAGGAUUCCACACUGAGUGCCUCUUUAACAGUGUUGGCCGUCAUGAAGGAAAUACGGCAAGGUAAAAGACUCGAAUAG